AGUAAAAGUACGAAAACAUCCAUCAACAGAAGGUUGUUGAUAUCAUUUGCGCAAAAUGAAUAUUUUAUGUGCAAUUUUUGUUGCACAAUUUUGUUACACAAAUGGAGCCAAACCAAACUUUAUCUUAAUGCUUAUGGAUGAUAUGGGAUGGGGUGACUUAGGUGUAUUUGGAGAACCAAAUAAAGAAACACCAUAUCUGGAUCAGAUGGCAGCUGAGGGAAUGCUGUUUCCAGAUUUUUACUCUGCAAAUCCAUUGUGUUCCCCUUCCAGGGCUGCUCUGUUAACAGGACGUCUACCAAUAAGAAAUGGAUUUUACACCACAAAUGGCCAUGCUAGAAAUGCAUAUACGCCACAGAACAUAGUUGGAGGAAUUCCAGAUGAAGAGAUACUGCUGCCAGAGCUUCUUCAGAAAGCAGGAUACCAGAGCAAAUUGGUGGGAAAAUGGCACUUGGGACAUCAAGCCAAGUACCUGCCUCUGAAGCAUGGUUUUGAUGAGUGGUUUGGAGCACCCAACUGCCAUUUUGGUCCCUAUGACAACGUUCACACUCCAAACAUUCCGGUGUACAGGAAUAAAGAAAUGGCAGGGAGAUAUUAUCAAGAUUUUAAGAUCGAGAAGAAUGGGGAAUCUAAUUUAACUCAACUUUACACCCAGGAGGCAGUGGAGUUUAUUACUAGAAUGCACAACAAAUCAAAGCCAUUUUUCCUUUACUGGGCAGUAGAUGCUACCCAUGAACCCCUGUAUGCCUCCAAACCAUUUUUGGGGACCAGCAACAGAGGGCUAUAUGGAGAUGUUGUGAGGGAGUUAGACUCAGCUGUUGGGAAAAUUCUGGCCUCUCUGAGGAGUCUGAAAAUAGACAACAACACCCUAGUGUUCUUCUCCUCUGACAAUGGUGGUGCAACAUAUGCCAAGCAACAUGGAGGCAGCAAUGGUCCAUUUCUGUGUGGAAAAGAAACAACAUUUGAAGGAGGAAUGAGAGAACCCACCAUUGCAUGGUGGCCAGGGCACAUAAAAAAGGGACAGGUUUCCCACCAAGUGGGUUCUCUGAUGGAUUUGUACACCACCUUCGUCGAUUUUGCUGAAGUGGCUAUGCCGACAGACCGUGUCAUCGAUGGAAUCAGUCUCCGUGCUUCACUGCUCAACAACACCAAUGUACAAAGGCCAUUAUUUUAUUACCGAGGAAAUCAAAUAAUGGCAGUUCGGAAGGGGAGUUACAAAGCACAUUUAUGGACCUGGACCAAUUCAAUUGAAGAGUUUAAAAAAGGUACAAAUUUCUGUCCCGGUCAAGACAUAGCUGGUGUGACCACCCACAACCAAACAGACCACACCUCCAAACCGUUGUUGUUUCAUAUCGGUAGAGAUCCAGGGGAGAAAUAUCCAAUCAGUCCCAAUACUCCAGAAUAUAAAAAAGAAAUGCCAUUAUUGAUGAAAGAAAUUCAGAACCAUAUGGUGCUACUGGUUCCAGCAACCCCCCAACUCAACAUGUGUGACGAAGGAGUAAUGAACUGGGCCCCUGCAGGUUGCAAUAAAGGCCAAAACAAAUGUUACAAGGGGCCACCAUCCAAACCAUACAACUGUACCUGGCCCCAUUAAUAGUCAACACACACACUUGUGAGACUUCUGCCCACUGUGUGAAAUCUUCUGACCGUAAUUAUGGACCAUUUAUUGAGGUUAAAGUAUAUGUCUCUGGAUUAAUAUCUUGAAUAAUGCAAUUAUUCAAAUUGAUGUGUAUAAAUGUGCUUAUUUGAUUGUCAUUCUUUGGGGCUGCUUUGUGUAUUAUAAUUUCAUAAUGGUAUGAAAUGUGUAUUUUUUCUUGUGCAAAUGAUUUUAAUCAAAUUUCACCUUUUUUAAAAAUGUUAUUUUUAAAAUUAUUUUUUCUUUUGAAAUAGCAUACAAUGAACAAUUAUGAAAGUUUUGUUUUAACUUCUAUGUGACUAAUUAUUGUUGGGCUUACUAAUUAAAACUUAAGAAAGAUAUUUUUAGAACCAAAACAAUUUCACUCUCAUAUUUUUUGCAUAUCUACAAAGUGUAAGAUAGAAAAGGAAGUUAUUUUAUAUAAAUUCUAACCUUUCUCAGUGUAUGAAGUGUUUGUUAAUUUGUUUUACAAAAAUUAGCAUGAAAUUUAAUGUUUUAUUUUAUUUUCAGUGUUUUAAAAAUUGAAAUUUAAGAACAUUAUCUGAAUGAUGACACAGAUGUCAGGAUGCAAAUCUAAUUUUUCAUGUAUGAUGUCAAUUAUAUUAGAAAUAUGAGAAUAGAAAUUGUUCUCCGGGUGUCCACUUCCUUCUAGACAGAAACAAUAAUCUAGUUUAUACAGUGUGCAGACUGGGUUGAUUAUAUUACAUUUGUAUAUUGAGUAUUCACAAAGCUAGUUUGAUUAUCAGCAUAAAUAUUGUAUGCUUUAAUACUCAUACUCUCCCAAAUCUCAAAAAAUCCUAUCCUCUUUAAUGAUACAAUAUGACCUACAAGAAUUUUUUUAAAAGAAAAAUAGCUCAAACACAUAAAAGAAAUUGCUUCAUGUUUAUGAAUAUAUAACAAAAAGUUACCCAAUGUUACGGAAUCAACAAAAAGCAAGAUAGUUGCAAAUUUCAUAAUGAAAUGAAGUAAAAAUCUUGUAAUAGUAACAAAUUAAAGCAACCAGUUAUUUUAAUGACAACAUUUUGAGAGGAGUCAAAAUUCCUCACAAUAUAUGACAUUGUACCAAUCUUCCUCUUAGGAAUGUUGCAUAGUUAUAGGAUAAUUAUGUUAUGUUACUUUCUAUGUGCAAUAUACAUUCCCUGGAAUAUGUCAAUCAUUCCAAUGUUUUUAUGUCAUUGUUGUCAUGUUUUUUUUUCUAUUUUUUUUUCUUUGUAAAAUGAUUUAUUUAAAAGAAUGAAUCUCUAAAUUGUUUGUAGCAUAAAUAAGGCAUGAAGUAUGCAUUGUUGAUAUGAAAUGAAUUGGGUAUUUAACUGAGUUUAUUGUAAUGUACAUUAAUUUUGUCUUUAAACUGUACCACUAUGAUAAUGAAUGGUAGGGUGAUUGUGGCGAGGUUUAUUUUUUUCUUUUAUUAUUAGUUUUAGUCAUGCUUAAUGAAGCAUUGUUAAUUUAGUUAAGAUGACUUGUACAUUUUAUCUAUAGUCUGUCCCAAGAUAUUUAAAAUGCUGCACAUUUGGACGGUUUUUAAUAAAAAUACACAUACCUGUGAAAAAAGUGCAUUUGAAAUCGAUGAAAGGGUAAUUUCCAAGAUAACUUCAUUCACACAUUAUCAUUUUUAGCUCACCUGAGCCAAAGGCUCAAGUGAGCUUUUCUGAUCACAAUUUGUCCAUUGUUGGCGUCGUUGUUGUCGUCAUCGUUGUAAACUUUUCACAUUUUCAUCUUCUUCUCAAGAGCCGCUGGGCAGAUUUCAACCAAAUUUGGCACAAAGCACCACUAGGUGAAGGGGAUUCAAGUUUGUUCGAAUGAAGGGCCACACCCUCUUUAAAGGGGAGAUAAUUGAGAAUUAUUGAAAAUUUGUUGGUAUUUUUCAAAAAUCUUCUUCUCAAAAACUAUUCGGCCUGAGAAGCUUAAACUUGUGUGGAGGCAUCCUCAGGUAGUGUAGAUUCAAGUUUGUUCAAAUCAUGGUCCCCGGGGGUAGGGAAGGGCCACAAGAGGGGGAUCAAUUUUUACAUGGGAAUAUAUAGAGAAAAUCUUUAAAAAUCUUCUUCUCAAAAACCAGCAGGCCAGAAAAGCUCAUAUUAAAAUGGGAGCAUCCUCAGAUAGUGCAGAUUCAAGUUUGUUCAAAUCAUGGUCCCCAGGGGUAGGUUGGGGCCACAAUUGGGGGAUCAAGUUUUACAUAGGAAUAUAUAGAGAAAAUCUUAAAAAAUCUUCUUCUCAAAAACUAUUAGGCCAAGAAAGCUCAAAUUGGCGUGUAACUAUCCUCAAAUAAUGAAGAUUCAAGUUUGUUUAAAUCAUGGUCCCUGGAGUAGGGCGGGGCCACAAUGGGGGAUAAAUUUUUAUAUAUAGAGAAAAUCUUUAAAAAUCUUCUUUUCAAAACUAUUAGGCCAGGAAAGCCCAAAUUUUAGUGGAAGCAUCCCUAUGUCGUAUAGAUUCAAGUUUGUUAAAAUAAUAGUCCAGGGGUAGGGUGAGGCCACAAUGGGGGAUGAAUUUUUACAUAGAGAUGUAGAGAAAAUCUUUAAAAAUCUUCUUUUUAAAGACUAUUUGGCCAGAAAAGCUUAAACUUUUUAGAGGCAUCCUCGGGUAGUGUAAAUUCAAGUUUGCAAAAUCACAGUCCUUAAUGGUAGGGCGGGGUCGUGAUGGCGGUUUAAAUUUUUACAUAGGAAUUUACAUAGAAAAUCUUUAAAAAUAUUCUGGGAAAGUUUUCGGUCCAAAACUCAGUACUUAGUGUGAAAGCACAGGUUAUGCAGAUUUAAGUUUGAUGAAACUGUGAUUCCCUAGAGAAAAGUGGGGCCACAAAAGGGGGGGGGGGUACAUAGGAAUAGAGAAAAAUCUUCUUACAGGUACAACAACAAAAGGGACCAGAUCUUUUUAGCAAGAUCUACUGUACUUAGUUGUCAAGAUAUUUUGAUACUGUAAUGCUAAUUUGAUCAGAAUUAAGGCAAUUGUUGCUCAGGUGAGCGAUGUGGCCCCUGGGCCUCUUGUUUCCUCUUAAAAAUUCACAGGAAAGAAAACAGAUUUCCUACGGAGAUUUACAAUGGGGAAUAUUGGCAUCUUUCGUACAUUCAGAAUUCACUCGGAAUACCUCGCACAAUUUUUUUAACAUAUCACCCGGGUACCUUCAUCUCUUCAUCAAUGGAAAAACCCCAUAGACUUUUUUAUUUUUAGCUGUGUUUUUAAACCUGACAAGCUAGAGGGGGUGUUUCAAAAGGGGAAAUCUUAGGAUAUCAUACUAUUGAAUGGACAUCAUCUGAACCAAGAGGUAUUUAUGGAUAUCGAAUGAUUAAAGAAAAUAUGCAGCAAAAAUAUCUUGGGACAGACUACAAAAAUAUCUAUGAUACUCUGAAUAUGGAAGUAUGUCUGUUAGGUUUUAUCAGUUUUAUUCAUGCUUAAUGAAGCAUAGUUGUAAGAGCAAGAGAUCUUAAAAUUAAAAACAAACCAUAUCUGUGAUACAAGUUUGUUCAUAAUAAAGUAAUGGUAUUUUUGCAUUAAAGAAAAAA